AAACUGUCAUAUUAAGAGAAACUCUAAGGGGAUUCUCAGAAUGGAGCUCUGGCCAUCAGCAAGGAAGAGGGAGGAGACUGUCUUUAAGAGACUUGACAGUGUUUGAUAGUCCUUUUCGUCCACCAGAGUUCCAGAGGAAGGAGGCGCCCCAGGACCGUGCGGCCCAGGUUCCCCAUUGCUCAGGGUAUGAUCGCAUGGCUCAGAAAACACCAGAAGUAGAGCUGGGAGGUGGGAUCUGCGAAGUUUCUGAGGGGCCGAUGCAGUGACUUCUCUGCCACAGACAUCGUGCUGCAGCUGCUGUGGGCCGGGCCAGCAUGUGGCCACUGACAGCCCUUCUGCUCCUGGUUCCAAGCAGCGGGCAAGCUGCUACUCUGGAGAAGCCCAUAUUGUCUCUACACCCACCCUGGACCACAAUCUUCAAGGGGGAGCGGGUGACCCUGCGAUGUGAUGGGUACCACCCUCUGCUCCUGGAGCUCCGGCCCAUCAGCACUCUCUGGUACUUGGGCCACCUACUUCUGCCCUCUCACAAGAAGAGCAUCGAGGUGCAGACCCCAGGGGUGUAUCGAUGCCAGACACGGGGAGCACCUGUCAGUGACCCCAUCCACCUCUCUGUUUCCAACGACUGGCUGAUCCUGCAAGUGCCCUACGCUGCGGUGUUCGAGGGCGAGCCGCUGGUCCUGCGCUGCCGCGGCUGGUACGACAAGCCGGUCUACAAGCUGCACUACUACCACGAGGGCCGGGCGGUGCGCUACUUCCACGCGAGCGCCAACUACUCGGUGCCGCAGGCGCGCGCGGGCGACAGCGGGCGCUACCAGUGCUCCGGCACCAUGCGCCUCCCGGUGGAGAGCGCGCCCAUGUUCUCCGCCAAGGUGGCCGUGACCGUGCAAGAGCUGUUCCCCGCGCCGGUGUUGACGGUGACCGGCAGGGCGGAGGCCCGCGGCGGGGUGGCCGUGCGCUGCGAGACCCGCCUGCACCCGCACCGGCGCGACACGCCGCUGCAGUUCGCCUUCUACAAGUACAGUCGCCCGGUGCGCCGCUUCGACUGGGGCGCCGAGUACACGGUCCCCGAGCCCGAGGUCGACGAGCUCGAGUCCUACUGGUGCGAGGCCGCGACCGCCACGCGGAGCGUCCGGAAACGCAGCCCUUGGCUGCAGCUCGCGGGGCGCGGGUCCGCGCUGCCCUCGGCGUCCAGCACCGCCCAGGCUCCCCGGGCCGCAGCGUUGGCGCCGGGCGGCCAGCCGCUGUCCUUCAGGAAGCCCCCGGUGUCCAGAUCGGCCCCGUCGGUCACCUCCGUCCCCAACGCCACGUCGCCGGGGCUGCAGGGCCCCGCGGGCAGAGCCCCCACGGCGAGGCCACCAGCCUGCGCCCUGCCGGCGCCCUCGGAACCGCCCGCUGGAGCCCUGAAACCCGACGUGGACCUUCUGCUGCAAGAAAUGCAGCUGCUCAAGGGCCUUCUGAGCCGCGUGGUCCUGGAAUUGAAGGAGCCGCCGGCCUUCCCAGAGCCCAGGGCAACGCUCCAGACCCCCGCCCCCCGCUUCGCUGCGAGCCCGGGAGCCCCCGAGACCACCGCGGUGGAGAGCUGAGGCCGGGGAGCCCCCCUCCAGGCUCCCGCGCCUGCGUCUCCCGGCUUCCCACCCGCGGGGACCUGGCCAGGCCUCUCUGCUCCGCGCCUUUGGCGGCCUUGGUGUGGGCGGGUCUCCGUGUCCCCGGGCGCCCUGGAGCAUCCCCGUAGGCCUGUCCUCGGUUCUCCUCCCCUCCCAGGACUCCCCUUCUGUCAUUUCCUACCUGGAGGUUUGGAGGUUUAUGUUGGCAAGUUUUAGGCACCCUUAGCUUUUCAGAGGUGCCCACCCGGUACACAUUUCAGCACAGGCAAUAUCGGGGUAUUUAAGGUCAUUGAGAUAAUAAUGAACCCUUUGGAAUCUUUGAGGGUCAAGUUGGAACUAUUCAUAAUGGAUUUAAUGUUAAUUUUUAAAAAAGACUUUCAGGGGCCUCUCUGGGUGGCUCAUUCAGUUAAGCAUCUGCCUUUGUGUUGGCUCUUGAUCUCAGGGUCCUGGGAUAGAGCCCCACCUUGGGGGACUCUCUGCACAGGAAGGAAGUUUGCUUCUCCCUCUCCAUCUGCCCGCCUCCCCCACAAUGCACUCUCUCUUUCUCUCAAAUAAAUAAAAAUAUUUAAAAAGUA